UCCACAAACAUACCGACCACGCGUCCUUCUCUCUGAUACCUCCUCAAACGCAAAGAUAGCAAUGGCCUCUGCAAUUGCAACCAAACCCAUCACCUUCUGUAUCCUCAUCCUACUCAUUUUUUCCAUUUCUCUCUGCAAUUCCACUGAGGAAGAAGACCCAACACCAGCCUCAUGGCCCCACCAAUUCCACUCCAUACUUUUCAUGAACCACAGUGGGUCCCUGCAGAUAAUCGAUCUAUGGUACGACUGGGUCAAUGGUCGAAAUUUCAACAUCAUACAGGACCAGCUGAGUAGUAAGGUUCUCCAUGACCUUGAAUGGAACAAUGGGACUUCCUUCUUUUACACAUUGGACUCCAACAAAGAGUGCAGAACUUCACAGCUUGAGGUGGGUAUUCUUCGCCCAAAUUGGCUCGAUGGUGCUAACUACCUGGGUCAGCGCCACGUGGAUGGGUUCCUCUGCAAUGUUUGGGAGAAGGUGGACUUCAUUUGGUACUACGAGGAUGUUGUCACCAAGAGGCCUGUUCAUUGGGUUUUCUACACAGGGAGGGAGGCACAUGUUAUGACAUUUGAAGUGGGAGCAGUGCUUGAGGAUGCCAAGUGGCAAGCCCCUGUAUACUGUUUUGAGAAGAUGAAUGAUGAUGGAAUUGGAACCGAACCAAAACUAAAAGCACAAUUUGCCAUUACUCGCGGUUUUCGGGAUAGUUCAUUGGACGGAGUACUUAGAGCCUCGCUUGAUCUCUGAAUAAUAUUGUGAUGCACAUUUCUAUUGCUGCAUUUGUGCAUUUCUUUGGAAAUAAAUUUGCAUUUUGCUCUGGAAAAUAGCAGGCAUGCCAUUCUACCAGAUAAACCACAGGGCAUGUCUAAUCCAUGCUUACUCGAGCCAUAUCCGAUGCCACUCUGGGCUGCAAUGUUCCAAAGGUGCAUCCCAUAUUGAUAAAUAAAUACCAAGAUCUUCCAUAGUUCAAUUGA